AUGUCUGAGUUUGAUAUUGUUGUCAUUGGCUCCGGCCUAAGUGGUUUGGCUUUUGCCAGAUUCUACCUCGAUAUUCAUCCAGAAGCGAGGCUAGUUAUCCUCGAAGAGGAUGUGUGCCUUGGCGGCGUUUGGAGCUCAAGACGAUCAUACGAUGAAUUCUGGUGUCAAAGUGGCCGUCGAAUGUCUGGAUUCUCCGAUGUCCCUCUCACUGUUCCUGAAGAUGCACCUUUGUACCAUGACACCUUCGAAGCAAAAUACGUCACCAAGUAUCUCGAGGAGUAUGCACAUAAUCACAUAUACAACGGGACGACCCUCUUUUCAAGAAUACGUUUCAGCCAGCAAGCUGUCAAGGUUGACAAGAUAGAUGAUAUAUGGCAUGUUACAACGAUAAGUCUAGCUCUUCUCACAUCAAAAGCUCAACACAGGAUGAUCGUUACAUGCCCUAGGCUUGUUGUUGCUACCGGUCGUACUUCGCUUCCCCAUAUUCCUCGAAUUGAUUUCGGUUCGGGGAUGACAAGUAGCUUUGAUUCUGUGCAUCAUCAUAAAGAGUUUGGAAAAUUUUCAAAGCAUCCACUCCCACGGGCUAGCGGAGUAUUAUACUUCGCAGUUCUAGGCGGUGGCAAGUCUGCUGCAGAUAUGGUCUACGAGUCAAUCAAGAAAGGUCACAACGUCAAGUGGAUUAUUCGGAGAACUGGCGAAGGUCCAGCUCUGUUAUUUCCCGCCUCUGGGCAUGGCCGUUACAAGAACUCGGUCGAAAGUUCAGCAACCAGGAUGAAGGCACUGUUCAGUCCGUCUCCAUUUAUGCCAAAAUCAUGUGCAUUCUGGUGCACCGGACCUGUAGGACUUGUGCAGCAUGACGAUUUCUGGGAUACAAUAUCUCAAAAUGCUCAAAUUUAUCGCAACGACGUUGUCUCUUACAAAGACAACAUCAUAACUUUAGACAAUGGCACUCAACUUUAUGCGGAUGAAUUACUACUAGGAACAGGCUGGAAUACCUCUCAACCAUGCUUUUCUGAUACACAAGCUCAGUUUUUGGGUCUUCCUCACCUCAAGGAAAAGAAUAGUGCAAGAGAAAAGAAAUUUUGGGAACGCAUUUAUGAAGAGGCAGACCGUCAAGUAAUUACCGAUUUUCCACUCCUUGAAAAUCCUCCUCCAUAUCAAAAAGACCUCUCUGCCCCUCGCACAACAGUACAACAGUUAUACAAAGGCAUUGCACCGCUUAGAGACAACUCGAUCGCAUUUCUAGGCGCAAUAGACAUCUCGAACUCUUUCCGUGCAGCCGAAACACAAGCUAUAUGGACCACAGCAUACUUCGAUGGUAAUAUAUCUCUACCUCCAAAGGAACAGAUGUUGAAAGAAGUUGCCUACAUGGGAGCGUUUUCCAAACGGAGAUAUCCUACUCGUGGCGUGAAGGGAGAAUGUUUCUUCUUUGAGCUUGUUUGGUAUACCGAUGCUUUGCUUCAUGAGGUGGGCUUGAGAUCACAUCGCAAAGGGUGGUGGGCUGAUUGGGUGGAACCCUGUCUUGCAUCGGAUUUAAAGGGCAUGAAGGAUGAAUAUAAGAGGAUAUUCGGAUUGUGA